AUGGCCCAGCGGUGCCAGAACUCGACAAAGCAACCUCGAGUUUGUCACCGAUGCAGAGCAAGAUCUGCCAAAGGCGGCAUGACCAGCAGUGCCAACGCCAAACCUACCAUUCCUGUUUCGAAGGCGAAGCCGACACCUGCUUCGCCCAUUCUCACUGGGUCUGGGCGCAAGAAGCCCUGGAGCAGUCCACAGCAGCGUACUCCUCGGCAAUCCUUGCAGCUCCAGGAGAUGGCAUCAACUUGCGAAGACGCAGUGCGACGUAUCGACCAACUCAGCGCAGCUACUCAGCAGUUGCUGAAAGAGUUGGGCCUUAGCAGCGUCGGAGGCGUUGGCCGGAGUCCAAGCAGGACACGCCCGAAUCCCUUUAGCGAUAUGUGCCCAGUACCAACUCGGGCUUUCGUUGCCGGAGCAGCCCAAGGGGGACAAGAGCCCACUGCACCUGUUCCAUGUUUGCCUACGUUCUCGCAGCCAGCCGCAGCACGGAAUGUGGUGCAGCCUUCGCAGGUAUCGAUUCGUGAGCCUGCGACAGCACACUGUCCGCACAUGUUCAGCCCGCCAAGCGUAGCCUUCCAGAGACUGGAGCAAAGUCUUGCUUCGUACGUGCCGUCUCCUCUGAGCGCUGGCCGUGUGAUCCUUGCUUGCGGUCGCUGCCUUGACCUGAGGGAGUUGUGGCCUGCUUUCGCAAGUAACAUGGAUGCCAACACGGCUCAGAGGGAGCGCAUCGCAGAGGGACUCGCCAGCCGACAAAUCAGCCAAGAGCUCCUCAAUGUGUACAGACGUUUUGAUCCGACGGCAUCAGAGCUGACCUGGUCUCACGGCCGACUGCGGGACUUCGUGAAGGCAUGCUUCGCAGAGUUGGCAGUCGUGUCUCCCACAGACUCCCAGAUCUACAUGGUCUACACACACUUCGACCCAGAGCUGAUGAUGAAAUUAACAGCACUGGAAAGCAUAUCUCUCGUUGAAGUCUUGCUGCGUGCAUCCCUGGGCCCGGAGCCCAUGCCCGCCGAUGAACCAGAGCAUGGCUUCGACCAUCCGACGUUCUUGGCAGAGCAGUGGGUUUCACAAUAUGUGCCUUUACCGGUAGAUGGGACCAUCAGCAUUGCCUAUUCGACGGGAGUGGUGAUCCAUUUCCCUGACUUCUCGGAGAUGCUUCAGAGCUUGGCGAGUCUGAACAAGCCGCAGCGUGGCAACAUACUCUACCGAAUAGCUAGCUGCGACCUGCUGAGGCAUGCAUUGCAGGUGUUCAAACACUGUGAGGAUGGAACUGGAUACCUUGCGUGGUCUGACCGCCAAAUAGAAGGCUUUGUCACAGAGGUCUUUGUCCAGGAGGGCUUAGUGCCUCCAACUGCACAACAAGUUGCUGCUUUUUACGACAAGUUUGCAGAGCUGCAACCUCGACUCAACGCGAGUGAGUGCUUAUGCUUGGUGGAUGCCCUGUUUCGUGCUCUGCUGCAUGCUGGGACAGAUCGCCAAAGACCUACCGAUCCAGCUGGGCACCCUCACGUGGAGGGCUUCGUCGCGGAGGAGCCUACUUCUGGCUCUCCAGAUCCAGGGACGGAGCGCGAAAGCCUUGCGACGGCAGCCUUGUUCACCGGGGAUGUCCGCGAACAGGAGCCCCGCACAGCACAAGGGGAGCCUAAGCCCAUCGCUGCUGCCAGAGCAUGGGUGGCCAGUGUGGCACAUGGCUUGCCGUUCUUGGAGCCUCUCAGUGGCAGCCACCUUAGCUCUGCAGAGAGGUUUGCUGAGCUGGCUUUGCAAGUGUAUUUGGAGCAGCCUUCAGCAAUGCAGGGGAAGCUUUUCUACACAGGGGAACGGCAAAAUGAGAUGGAGUCCUUUUUGAGCGCCCUCUUUCACAGAGCCAGCCUCUCUCUCUCGAACGGCCCUGGUCUGCAUGGGCAUGGCCUGCAUCCACCGCCCUCCAGUCUGGUCUCAACGGUCGCCGAGCAAAUCGAUUUGCAGGGAUCUGGUUUUCUCGAUGUCACACAGUGCCUCCUGCUCUCCGACGGACUCAUGCGCCUCGCGGAAAAGCCGGGAGAAGACAAGCUCGGCCCCGGAAAGCACCGAAAGGGAGGAGCGACGGGGCCCUUGUGCGCGGUCAGCGUGGCCGGCGCAGCGUCACCUGUCCUGGAUGAGCGGACCCCACAAGGAAUUCGCCAGCAUGCGCCUCCGGUUGACCAGGAGACCUUGCAACAGGUGGCUUCCAAGGCAUUUAUGACCUGUGAUGAAAGCGGGCACGGCUAUCUGACCUGGUCCGAGGUGAGGAGCUUCAUUAGCAUGAUCUUCCGCGGCCUAGGACUGGUAAACCAUCUCACCGAGAGCGACAUAUACAAGCUGUAUGCUCGGUUUGAUGAGGAACACACUGCGAGACUGGGAAUGGACCAAUGCCUGCGCCUUGCUCGAGCUGCUGUGCCACAAAGUUUGCCAUGA